AUGAUGUCUGGAAUCAUGAGUUUUCGAGUGGCGGCGUUCUCCGAAACCAUCUACACCAAUGUAAACGGCAAGCACUCAGUUCUCCCCGCCGGCCUCCCGGGCGGAGGACCCGCAAUUGCAGUUCCGUCACGCCUUUACUACAAAGCAACCCCGGAGAAGCCACUCGCAGGUGUUCGUCUCGGUGUCAAAGACAUAUACGACAUCGCAGGGAUCAAAACCGGAAAUGGCAAUCGGGCAUGGUACAACCUCUAUCCUCCUGCAUCUCAGACUGCACCGGCAGUACAAAGCCUCAUUGACGCGGGCGCUGUUGUUGUCGGCAAGGUGAAGACAGCUCAAUUCGCCAAUGGGGAGUUUGCGAACGCCGACUGGAUCGAUUACCACUCCCCGUUCAACCCCAGAGGAGACGGGUACCAGGAUCCCAACUUCUCUUCUGCCGGCGCUGGAGCAAGCGUCGCCUCAUACGAGUGGCUCGAUAUCGCCCUUGGGUCCGACACGGGCGGAAGCAUUCGGGGCCCCGCCCGAGUCCAGGGUCUCUAUGGGUUGAGACCAUCCCACGGGGCAGCAUCUCUGGAUCACACCCUACCCCUGGCUCCGGAGUUCGACACCGCGGGGCUUAUCGCGCGGGACCCCGCUCUCCUUCGGGAUGCGUCCGCUCAGCUGUACGGAGUUUCGGUGUAUUCUUCAAGCGAAUUCCCCAAAAGCCUGCUUGUAGAGUCUUAUCCCGAUGGGCUGAGUCAUGAGACAACAGCAGCUCUGGACCGAUUCCUUGAUGAAUUGAGGGACUUCCUUGGAAUCCAGACAAUCACGCAAUUCAACGUCACCAAAUUGUGGCAAGAUCUACGACCGCCCGCGGCUCCCGAGACGCUCAACGGCCUCCUCAACACGACCUACGCGACCCUCAUCAGCCGACGACAGACUGAGCUGGUACGGGACCCGUUCUACGCCGACUACGGCCGUCUGCACGACGGGCGGCUCCCGUUCGUGAACCCGGUGCCCUUGGCGCGCUGGGCCUAUGGAGAUAGUCUACCAGAGCCCGCAGCUGAUGAUGCCGUCAGAAACAUGACGUUGUUCAAGGAUUGGUUCCAAGACGUGGUACUCAAGCCCGAUAACAGGACAUGCUCGUCGUCUAUCAUUGCAUACGCCAGUCCGCCAGUUACCCAGUACAGAAAUGUUUACCGGAGCCCUCCGACCAUCCCUUUUGGAUUCGCAACUUCGUAUUUGAGCGUGUUCGCUGGGGUUCCAGAUCUACUUAUUCCAAAUCUUCUCGGUAUCCCGGACGCAGACUACUUCGAUUAUGGAGUUCAGCUUCGGGAAUUGGCAAGACGAGAGGGGUUCUCACACAUCCAGUUUGUUCGCUUAGUCGACGUGCUUGGCCUCGGAAACGGCGAUGCCAUGUCCAAGGAUGAACAUCUCGCCGCAGCUGGUACUUGUCGGCGAGAGAUGGAGCAGAGGUUUCUCGGUUCAGACCUCAGCGUCCAGGGCGAGGUUCGGGCCCACCCCGACACAGCACUCACGUACCAGAAGUACGUGAGAUCUGCGCGAGAGGAUCUGCGCUGGGGUCCCGAGGUUGAGCCUGAUAUCACAUCAGACGCAGCCAAGUAUGCAGCUGAGACAGAGCGGAUCGCUGAGCGGAUGACACAGAGACUAAUUGAUCUACAAGACACGCAAAAGUACGAGAUUGUUAAGCGUGAUGGACAACCAUACUUUGUGCGCGAGAAGCAUUUGGAUUUUGACUGGCCGAGUCAUGUCACGAUCCAUCACAAAUAUGGAGGACUAAUUGUGCUGGAAAACACUUCAGAGGCCGAGAGCGACAAGCUGUUGACUCAUGAGCUCGAGCUGAAGCUUGCGAGUUUAGCCCUUAGACGGGGUGGCGCAAAGGUUCGAGGAUUCAAGACGUUGCAUGCCUAA